UAAAUUAGUGCGGUAUCUUUAACUAGUUAUCCGUUAAGAGAAAGAAAUGAAGGCGGAGUAGCCGAUUAAUCCAGAAAAUGUUACUGAAAACACUCUUCCCCUUCGUCUUCCCCUUCACGUCGCCGAAUCCUCAACGUCCGGCGACCGAAAUUCGAUUCGCCCGGUGGAACAACGCCAACGCGGAGAAAUACAAUGCGCCGAAACGAAGUCAGAAAGAAAUCGAAGACGAGCUCCGGAUGACCAGACGCUUCGAAUCCGCCGAAAACAUAAUCGACGACGGCGAAAACGACAAGCAAAACACGAAAUCAAUCGGCACUCCCUCCGUACCUUCACGCCCCUCGAUUCCCGGCCGACAAUCAAAAUACUCGAAAAAAGUUCACCCCGCUUUCAAAGCAUUUCCUAAAUUCCAGAAAAUUCCACAAGGAGCUUCAGCUUCAGCUUCAGCUGCUGCUGUUUCGGGUAUCAAAAUUGGGGAGAAUGGAGUUUCUUAUUUGGUUCCGGAUGCUCCGUUUGAGUAUCGGUAUAGUUAUACCGAAACUCCCAAGGAUGUUAAGCCUUUGAAGCUCCGUGAAGCUGCAAUUCCGCCUUUUGGACCCGAUACUAUGCCUAGACCGUGGACGGGUAGAAAGCCGUUGCCGCCUAGUAAAAAGAGUUUCGAGUUUGAUUCUUUUAAGUUGCCGCCGCCACAUAAAAAAGGCGUUAAGCCUGUACAGUCUCCUGGUCCUUUUUUGGCUGGCUCGGGUCCGAAGUAUGUUCAUUCUAGGGAAGAUAUUUUAGGGGAGCCCUUGACUCAGGAGGAGAUUACUGACCUUGUUAAUUCUUGUUAUAAAUCUUCCCGCCAGCUUAAUUUGGGGAGAGACGGUUUUACGCAUAACAUGUUGGAAAAUAUUCAUGCUCAUUGGAAGCGGCGAAGGGUGUGCAAGAUCAAGUGUAAAGGUGUGUGUACCGUGGACAUGGAUAAUGUCCGUAAACAAUUGGAGGAGAAAACAGGAGGACAGAUUAUAUAUGCUAGAGGGGGGGUUCUGUUCCUUUUCCGAGGUAGAAAUUACAAUUACAAGACUCGUCCUAGAUAUCCUCUUAUGUUGUGGAAACCAAUAACCCCUGUUUACCCGAGGUUGGUCAAGCGAGCUCCAGAGGGUCUAACACUAGAAGAAGCCAGUGAAUUGCGCAAAAAGGGACGUGAACUUAUACCUAUACGCAAACUUGGAAAAAAUGGUGUCUACUGUGACCUUGCGAAGAAUGUCAGGGAAGCAUUUGAAGCCUGUGAAUUGGUCCGAAUUGAUUGUCAAGGGUUGAAUCCCAGUGACUAUCGGAAGAUAGGGGCCAAACUCAAGGAUCUCGUUCCAUGUGUAUUAAUCUCAUUUGAACAUGAACACAUACUAAUGUGGAGAGGAAGGGAUUGGAAGUCUCAGUUUUCCGAAGAAGAGAAAUUUGGGAAGUCUGAAAUUGAAAGUACGUCCAUUACAUCGCAUCCAGAAGGUCAAGUUAAUACGAAUUUACAUUGUUCAAUUGAGAUUGCAGGCAGCAACAAUGUUGACAUUAGUCCCUCUCCCUUUGUUGGUGAAGUUGUUGACCCUGACGAAAGCAAAAAAUUGAGAGUGAAUAUGGAUGAGGAUCUAUUAUCUGGAAUCAGUGAUGAUAUUCCAUCAUGUUCUGGCUCCACUGCUGACGGUGCAGAAACUUUGACAAAAACCUCUGGAACAAUAGCUAUUUGUGGUGGGCCAGAAGAAAUACCAUCAGAUGCUAACAAUGUGGCUCCCCAAACUUGUAAUGAGGUGCAAGAUGUUUGUGAAAAUCGUGGUCUUUGCAAGACAGAUGAUAUGAAGAUGCAUUGGAUGGAAGGAGUGAUUAUGCUUCGAAAUAAGGCUAUUGAGGGUGGUAGUGCAGUUCUUUUAGAGAAAUCUUGUUUGGAUGCUGAUAUUGUUUAUGAGAGAGCUGUUACUCUUGCCAAAUCUGCUCCCAAGGGGCCUGCUUUUGAAAAGCGACCCAGGAAGGCGUCUGUCAAAAAAGAUGAUGCAAGCAAAGUUGGGGGAGAGGUAGAAGCUUAUGCUAGUAGGGCUGGAGCAGUAGAAGCAGUAGAUGCAGCAGAAAUUAUGGUUAUUCCGGAGAAAGGUAGAAGUGUGAACAAAAGUUUAACAAAUCAACGGAAGAAGAGUUCAAGAGAAGAUUUCUCAAAUAUUGUUCCCCGUGGAAGCCUGAGGGUUGAUGAACUUGCUAAAUUGCUAGCUUAGCUAUAUUGUAUGGAAAUAAUCUGCGUUUCUUACGACAUAUAUAAAUCUGUUCUUGAUUUCUCA